UCAGGCCCCGCCCCGGAUUGUCCCGCCGCUGGCCCGGAAAUAACAAUCCGGGGAAUGAGCCAUCGCAUCUGGGAAUUCGCGGCCAGGAAUCGGGAGCCGGGGUUCCAGGCUUGACCCUGCUGUUACCGUUGGCUUUAGGAACAAGUGUCUUCGCUUCUCUGGACCUUAUUCUCCGUAUGAUUAUGAUUAUUCCUGUCUUCUAGGCGGUUGCAGUCUUUCAUAGAGAUUGAUGGAAGCGGAAAUCAAAACUCUUCCCCUGGAGAACGCAUCCAUCCUUUCAGAGGGUUCCCUGCAGGAAGGGCACCGGUUAUGGAUUGGCAACCUGGACCCCAAGAUCACAGAAUACCACCUCCUCAAGCUCCUCCAGAAGUUUGGCACAGUGAAGCAGUUUGACUUCCUCUUCCACAAGUCCGGAGCUUUGGAGGGGCAGCCUCGAGGGUACUGUUUUGUCAACUUCGAAACUAAGCAGGAAGCAGAACAAGCCAUCCAGUGUCUCAAUGGCAAGCUGGCUCUGUCUAAGAAGCUGGUGGUACGAUGGGCACAUGCUCAAGUCAAGAGAUACGAUCAUAACAAGAAUGAUAAGAUCCUUCCUAUCAGUCUUGAGCCAUCCUCCAGCACUGAGCCCACUCAGUCUAACCUCAGUGUCACUGCUAAGAUAAAAGCCAUUGAAGCCAAGCUGAAAAUGAUGGCAGAAAAUCCUGACGCAGAGUACCCAGCAGCGCCUGUUUAUUCCUACUUUAAGCCUCCAGAUAAAAAAAGGACUACUCCUUAUUCUCGAACAGCUUGGAAAUCUCGAAGAUGAUGGUUAUGAAUUAUUGUAGCAGCAAAAGGAAACUGGUCUUCACACCUGAAAUCCUCUGCCUUUGUACUUUGUAGAUGUGAAUGGUACUACCCAACAGAGCACAAUCACUGUUAGAGUUUGGUAGCAUAAUGUUUUUGGAUGUUCUCAUGGAUGUUUCUUCCCUGAAGUGUGUGUGGAAUUGAGCAUCGUCCAGAAUAAAUAGGAUCGGAUCCAAAAUUGUGAUUUGAACCGUAGGAUGCUCUAGUUGGCUGUUGUGUUUGCAUUUGUGACUCCAGAACCAUUAUAUAGCAUGCUAGAGAGAAAGGCAAACAAAAAAUAUGGUCUAAGUCAGGAAACUAAAUUUAUUAACAUCGAUCUUUUGUACAAAAAAAAAAAGUGGAGCAUUUUUCUGUGCUCAGAUGUCUUUACAAUAUAAAGAAAAAGUAAGAGAGAGGGAGGGAAGUGAGAGACUUUGAAUCAUGUUGAGAAUUGUUGUUCCAGAAUUUAUUAUGGAAAUCCCUCCAACUAGACUAAAAAGAAAAGGUUCUUGGCAAAAGGGAGCUGAUUCUUUGAGCAAAAGUUGUGGUCAUCUGUUUCAGAAUUAUGGUUAUUGUUUCAAAAUCCCAGUUAGAAAAACAUGGUGUAUAUCUUAAAAUUGUUUGCGUCAACAGAACUGUAGAAUCAAAUCUAGCAUUUUAUACCACAGCGAAGUUCUGUUCAGAAAUCCAACUUUUACUCUUGAGUGGUCAUUUUUAAAAAAUCUAAAUAAUUCUGCCUUCUAUAUACCAAAUGUUGUUAUGAACGUGGGACUUUUACAAUUGCGCCUAUUGCAUGAGAUUUUUUUUUUUUUAAUAGCAUGAGAAUGUUCUGUUUGGAAUUGUAUCAUGGUCAAUCUAAAUAGGAAAGCAAACUUUCUCUGAAAACCUAAACGUUGCUAUAUUGAUCUCUGUCAAAGAUACUGUUUAUCAAUAAUCAUGUAGGGGUCUAAGUAGGAGAAAUUAAACUGACUUGUGCAGGGAGAGGAGGGGACACACCGUGGACGCAGGAAGUCCACGGAGCAGGCCCUGCUCUGGCACCAAUAUAGUAAUGAGCUCAUGCUUUGUGUCGUUCUUAAAGGCUGGAAAGACCGCAUGACUUUAAAAUGAUUCUUCCUUUGUAAAACAUACUGUCUGGCCCAGAUAAGUUUUCCCAGUUUGAAUAUUUUAAAUACAAGAACAGAAAGAGAGAAAUAAACGAACAGAUCUGAGAGUGUGUUUCUGUCAGUGAUCUUGGUCCUUUUGGGGCCGGGUUGAUGGGCUGUGGCGUUGGGCAGCGCCAUUGCGUCUUUACCAGGUAAAUUGUCUUAAUCCCUAGUGAUGACAGACGCUUUACGAUCCUCGGCCCCAGCAAGAGGAAGCUUUCAUCCUAGGACUUCAGGUCUUCCUGUGAGCAUAGGUGAGUUCAUGACACUGCACCCAAGUCUUGAGCAUAGUGAGGUUUCAGAGUUCACAGAACCAGUCCAGAGAAAACUCUCAUCCCCUUCCCCAAGGUAAAUCUUUUUAUCUUUAGAUAUCUUUAGUUAUUAAGUACUUUCUGCAUUUAUUAGCUCUGUCUGUGAUGCAACGAACUCUCCUUCCAUUUGGGGGAUAGUUCAGGGAGGUGAGAGCAUCAUCUCUCAUUUUUCUGGUGACUUCUUAAGAGUAUAGAAUUCACCAUUUUAUCCUUAGGUCCUCACGGGGUUAUGGUGGAGUAGGACUUACUUAACGCAAAAUAGUCUUCUAUUUUUAAUAGGAACUUAGAAAAUACUUAACUUUGAAUUACCUAGAGUUGUUUCCUUUAGAAACCAGAGCUAUUUAUUUGUAUUUAAAGCAAUGUUCAUUAUUUGUACGGAUUCUUAAUUCCUCUGUGUGAAUAAAUGCAAGACAGUGUC